GUUUGUCAUGCUUAUAAUCAUUGGAUAGCAAAUUGGAUUAAAGAAGCAUGGGAUAAGAUUGACCUUAUAAUUAUACAAUGGUCCUUUAAAUGUUGUGGAGUUUCAACAGAAGUAGAUGGCUUUGAAGAUCACUCGAUUUUUGAUUUUGAGAAAGUUUCAGGUAAAAGAAGUGAAAGAAUUAGUGUAAAAGAAAAAGGGGAAGAUGACGAAAUUUUAGAUGGUAACAGUGAUUUAGAAUGUGAAUAUUAUGAAAAUGAAGAGGGAAAUUAUAUUAAUACUUGGGAUUAG